AUGGCUUCGAAUCUUUCUUCUCGAGUGGCCAGGAGCGCCUGCGCUGCAUCCAAGUCAGUCGCUCGCCCAAUUGCAUCCAUCAUCCCAUCCCGCACAUACGCAACCUCCCCAGAGGAAACCAACCAAGCGAAGCCCCGGUGGUCCUACACUCCGGCUCAGGCCAAGGCGCCCUUCAGUCUACACCUUCACACCAAGCGCCCUAUGUUCCAUGUCAACUCUGACCCGGAAUUGUUGAACCAGUUCUACAUCCGCUUGCUGGGCAAUGGCGGCGACAAACUCCUCUCCGAAGAGACCAAGUGGCUGGCAGUGACGCACAAGAGCUUCGACCAAGGGCGCCGGGGAUUUAACGAUCGAUUGGCGUUUUUGGGAAAACGAAUUGUGCAGCUGCAAGCCUCGCUGGCUCUCGCGCAGACUGUUCCAGCCGCUGGUGCGAAAAAUGUGCCGUCUGCCCAAAAGGACCAGUUUGGUCGCGUGCCUUUCACCCACCCGGCUCUCGAUGGAUUGAACAAUCUCUCUGCUGAGACCAAGAAGGUUCUUACUGAGCGUUCGAAGCUCGCUGAGCUCGGACAAAAGUACAACUUGCAGAAGGUCAUCAGAUGGAGUCCCAGAAGGCCCGAAGAUCUCCCCGCAUCCGGUCUUGAACUCGUUCUCGCGCAUACCCUCUACGCUAUCAUUGGUGCCGUUUCCUUGGAGAAUGGUGGUGUUGUUGCCGCUAAAUUGGCUCGUGAGCGGAUACUUGAACCUCUGGGACUCAAGACAGUGGCCUAA